AUGUUAUCCGAAGGCCUCAUCACGUCAAUUCGUGCCCAGCCGAAGUCUGCCAACACGGCGAUUGCGAAAGAUGUCGGCAUAUAUCUACACGAACUACACCCAACGCACACGAUCAAAUCCUCAUUCAAGAAGAGCUCCACACCAGUAAACUCGCUGGUUGCAAGCUCAACCCACAUAUUCGCUGCACAGGCUGACAAAGCGGUUGUCCAUGUCUAUUCGAGGGAGCGGGGAAAUCAAGAGGCUUUGAUAUCCUUUCCAGAGAGAAUACACAGCCUGGCGCUGGUGGGGGAUGGCAUCUUGGUGUUAGGAACCGCUGAAGGGAGGAUUAUAUUAUGGGAGGUCUGUACCGGCCGGCAAGUGUCAACUCCCGCUGCCCAUCUGCAAACUGUCUCCUGCCUAGCUGCAACCCAAUUACAUUUGGUUACAGGGUCCGAAGACUCGAAUAUACAUGUUUGGUCGAUCCCACGCCUUCUCUCUCUAAGCUCAAGCGAAACGCAACAACCCCUUCGAAGCUUAUCCAAUCACCGAGCGGCCAUAACAUCUCUUGCUAUUGGCCACAGUUCAAGCUCAACAAACAUCUGCGUUUCAGCGAGCAAGGAUAACACAAUACUCGUCUGGAACUACCACACUGGGGACUUGCUUCGAACAUUUUUACUCCCGUCAACACCAUUUUGUCUAGCUCUCGAUCCGUGCGAUAGGGCUGUGUAUGCUGGUUUUGAAGACGGCUCACUGCAAGGCAUCGAGUUCAGCCACCCAAACUCAAUUAUAAACCCUCUGUACGACACCACCUUGCAAACGACACCAGUACAGAUUACAACCCCCCCUUGGAUAUCGCCAUCCGAGCCAGGUGCAGCAUUAUGCGUUGGUCUUAGUUAUGAUGGAACAUACCUUUUCUCGGGACAUGCGACUGGCAAGAUUGCCCAGUGGGACACUGGUCGGCGUGCCUUCUCAUCAGAGCUUACGGAUUUAAAUGCUCCUGUUACCAAUCUUCUCAUGUCAUCGCCGUUCCCUCAAAAGAGACUGACUCGGGCAAGUACAGUGGUCAAGCCUAAGCUCGGUGAGGGUCAGUAUGUUUUUACUGCUCAAUUGUCCAAGACCACGGCUAGCAACAGCAAAUUUAGUCGCGCUGUCGAGACCCAAGGGCUGCCCGCAGACUUGCUCGAAGAUGCCAUAGCCAGAUUCGCCCAGCCUGCCAGUACAUCUACACAUGCCACAUCUUCAAGCGGAGAUGAAAAGCUUCGCCAAGAGAACGCAGAGCUUUGGAAAGUCGUGAAUGAACAGAGAGCCCUCCAGAAGAAGACUUUUGAGAAAUAUACAAAGCUCAAAUCUGGUGGGUCCUGA